UUGGCACUGGCUGCUUUAAAAACCAAACGAGGGUUUCCACUUUUUGUUUUCCACUGACGCAAACAAGUUUAGACGUACAUACAACUUAGCCGGCGUUUGGUUCGUCUCGAUUCGUUCACUCGUAUGCUGAAAGUUUAAAAUCUCAAACUUGCAAAAUUUCAGUUCUUAAAGCGAAAAUGUAUGUAGUAGGGCAUUUGUAUGCUGGGGUACCACUGUGUUAGCAAUGUAUAAAGCAUGGAUUGUGGUAUUUGCAUGAAUGUUGUAGCUUUGGAAGCUAAUCUGUUUAAGCGGACUAUACAGAUGAGUAGGAAAGAGAGCUGAACAGACUCGAUGGCUGAAGUGCCGUUGCAUCUUUUCUGCUUUUUUUCUUUUUCUACUUUGCUGUUUAAUGGCGGUUGGAAUCCAGUAGGUUACAUGGAGGUUUAUGGAGCUGUGCCACCAUUUCUACCCUCUCUGUAUACUGCACUUGAACGACCGCUGCGUCUUUCUCAUUAGGCUGUGUGGAAGUCAUGGCGAGCAAAGCAGACACUGAAAUGGAUCAACACACAAACCGGACAGCUGCUGAUGAGGAGCUGAACAUGUCUGAGGAUGAACAGGAGGAUGGACUUGAUCAAAAGGAGGUAGAAGAUGAUAAUCAGGAGAAGGGCGAUGAUGUUGAAGAGGAGGCGAAGGAGGAUGAAGAAGAACAGGAGGAUGACGGUAAAAUCAAGAAAGCAAAGGGCAAGAAGUGUGCCCCGGGUAUAGUGUACCUGGGCCACAUUCCCCCAAGAAUAAGACCCAAGCACGUGCGCAACAUGCUGGCGGUGUACGGAGAAAUCGGGCGGAUUUUCCUUCAGUCUGAAGACCACUCGAUUAAGAGAAAGAAGAGGAAAGCUGGCAGUAACGGGUCGAGGUAUGUGGAAGGCUGGGUGGAGUUCAGGGACAAGCGCGUGGCUAAGAAAGUGGCCGUGUCUUUACACAACACGCCGAUGACCAACCGCAAGAGGAGCCACUUCAGCAGUGACCUGUGGAGCAUCAAAUACCUGCACAGGUUCCAGUGGUGCCACCUGAGCGAGCGGCUGGCAUACGAGCAGACGGUCUACCAGCAGCGCAUGAGGACAGAGAUCUCGCAGGCCAAGCGCGAAACCAACUUCUACCUGGCCAGCGUAGAGAAGAGCCAGACGCUGGACAGACUGAGGAAAAAGAGGGCCAAAAAAGGCGAGGUGGUGGAGGAGAAGGGCUGGGACUUCACGCAACGGCGCACCGAGGAGGAGAUGAGGCUGGAGCGCAUGAAGAAGACCGGCCUGUCCAAGAAGAACCUUCAGAAAGCCCAGGAGAAGAGCAGAGCCAUUCAGGAGAAAGCGCAAUCCAAUGUCUCGCUACUGGCCAAGAUCUUCAGCAAGGGGAGUUCACAUGACUGAUGCGCAAGCUCACGUGCACGUGUCUGACUGACUGACUGACUGAGAGAGAGAAAGUGCACAUAUAUUUGUUGUGAAGGUGAUGCAAAUCAUAAAAGCUUUCAAAACGGCUUUUGAGGACAAAAUAUUUUCCUGAAAAAGAGUUCAGGACACUGCAACGCAAGGAAUAAGACUUGACUGUUUGUUUUUUGAUUGUUGUUUCAUGUUCAAUCCUGUUUUCUUAAUGUAUGAUGCUACUUUUUAACAUAAGCACAUUUGUUUCUCUGCACUGUAAUCAUCCUCAAUCGUAAGUCAUUAUCAAAUAAAUGAUGUUUAAUCAGGUUA